UCGAAUCAAUUUAUAAUAUAGUUAAAAUUUGUACCUAUCUAACAAUAUUAUUACCUUAUGGAAGUCUCCUCAAGCACAGCUAUUGGCUUUUGAGGAGAUCCAUCUGCAGUUGUUAAAUUUAUUUAUUUAUGCAUAAUAUUUUUACAGGUGUUUUUAGCAUUAAACUUUUUCGCAACGGGAUGCUAUCAAACACCAAUUGGUAACAAUAGGUAUGUGGCUGUAUCACAGCCCACUGUUUCCAGAGCUAUCAAUUGUGUGGUUGAGGCAUUGAACCACCCUAGAAUAUUAAAUGAAUGGGUUAAAUUCCCUAAUAAUAUGCAAAAGAUCAAGCAAAUUAGGAAUGAAUUUUUUAUUAACACUUCGUUUCCAGGAGUUGUGGGCUGCAUUGAUUGCACACAUAUUGCAAUUGUACCUCCUAACAACCAGAAUGCAGAAAUACCUGAGUAUAUUUAUGUAAACAGAAAAGGUUACCACUCAUUAAAUGUACAAUUGAUUUGUGAUUCUAAACUUUAUAUUUUGAGUGUGAAUGCAAAAUUUCCUGGCAGUACAGCAGAUUCUCAUAUAUGGAAUUCAACUACAGAUAUAAAAAAUAUCUUAGAGGAAUUGUAUAGACGUGAAUACAAAGGCAUAUACUUACUGGGAGAUUCAGGAUACGCCCUAAGACCUUGGCUUUUAACACCAUAUUCUGAAACAACAACUAACGAAGAAGAAAAAUACAACAAAAUGCAGAUGUCAACACGAAGUAUAAUUGAGAGGUGUAAUGGUGUAUUAAAGGCUCGGUUUAGGUGUUUAUUGAAGCAUAGGGUAUUACACUAUACACCGAAAAAAUCAGGGAAAAUUGUAAAUGCCUGUGUUAUUUUACACAAUAUGUGCAUAUUGGCUAAAAUUCCAGUUCCAGACAUGAAUGAUGACAAUGUGGAAGAAAUUGAUUUUGGAAUUAUAAAUAAUGAUUAUCCUGAAGAUGGCACUCGAGGAAGGAAUGUGAAUCCUGAAUUAGUUGAAAGCAGAAGAAUAAGAGACAAUAUAGCAAGAUGUUUGUACAAUAGGUAGUUUAGAACAGAAAACUUAUAUUUUUUAUAUCAUUAACAACAUUAUAAAACUAUUAAGAUAAAAAAAAAUAUUAUAAUU